CUUAACAUAGUUAUAAAUGGUUAUAAUGAUAUCUCACACAUUCUGUAUUUCAGAUAAAAUGGGGGAUAAAAUAGGGGAGAUUGUGAAAAAAAUAAUAUUCUGUCCAUUUGUUCAAUAUCCACCUCUACCCCUGGUCCCUGAUCUAUCGGAUCCUGCCAAGUUUAAUGGAUCAGGUUCUCCUGCAUUUGAUCUAACCAACACCACUCAUCUCUUCAUCACUUCACCGAAAGACUCUACCGGAAGUUCCCGGAUUGGAGCAUGGUACUUCCUGCCUGAGAAGUCGAGUGGACGGGUUGAACCUCUUCUUGAAACGGAUACUCUUAUACUGUAUCUCCAUGGAAACAGUUACAAUAGAUCUCAGUCCCACAGGGUUGGGUUGUAUAAGCACCUGAUCCGACAAGGAUUCUACGUCCUAGCAAUAGACUAUCGCGGGUUCGGAGAUUCUAGUCCUGUAAACCUCUCGGAGAAAACUGUAGUAGAGGACGCAAGAGCAGCGCUAGGAUGGAUUUCUGAUAAACUCGGAGAUAAAGCUAAGAUUAUUGUAUGGGGCCAUUCUCUUGGGAGCGCCAUCUGUGCACACACUGUUGCAGAAUUUGACCUGGAAACUGGAGGAUCCUCAACAGUAUCCGGGGUCAUCUUGGAGUCUCCUUUCAAUACUAUGGCUCAGGAGAUUCUCAGCUUUGGUUUGGCUCGAAUGUUGUCAUACUUAACUGAUAUUCCUCAGCUGUUGGAGAAAUCUGAUCUUCUCUUUGAAUCCGAAAAAUGGCUGCCUGCUAUCAAAUGUCCCGUCCUGAUUCUCCAUGCCGAAGACGACAUUAUCGUUCCGUUCGAACUGGGGCUAAAACUAGAGGCUGAAGCAAGGGAAGCUGGAAAAAAUAAUAUCAGGUUCAUAAGCUUUCCCAAAGAGGAGAGAAGGGGACACAAUAAUAUAUACUUAUCAGACAACCUGGCUAGCGCUGUGAAAUCCUUCACGGAACUAGACUGUACAUCUAAAAAGUAAAAGAGAAAGUUUAAGCAAAUAAAGCUUAAUUAGUAAUUACAAUGGAAACCGAUCAAUGGAAAUAAUUCCCUUCUACUCCCAUCACAACCCUUCUAGGGAUACCUGCUGGGCUUAUCCAAUUUUUGCACAAACCUUGAAUAAUGUUCCUAAACUGUAAUCUUACCUUUAUUAUGUGUUCAAGCCGUAAAAUGUAUAGUAGUGAUUUAAACUGUACUCUAUGUGCUCUAUGUACCCUCUUGUACUCUCGUUAAGAGAGUAACUGACUAAGUGAUUUUCUAUGUAAUUUUUAAUGACCCUUCGAUUAAAGAGUACAUUAAUGUUUCACACCUGCAUCUACGCGCUCUCACUGCAACAAUACAUCAGGCU